AUGGCGGCCGGCCACCUCCAGCAGGGAAGCCGUCUCCAUCCGCUGAGCAACAGGGGAAACCUCAUGGGUCCGGGAGCCCAGCAGAAACUGGAGGCGGAGACGGAGCGCCUUCGUCAGGCCAUUCAGAAAGAGAUGAAAAUCAAGGAAGGGGCCGAAAACCUGCGCCGGGUGACCACGGACAAAAAGAACCUGGUUCACGUAACGAACAUCCUGAAAUCAUCCAGCCGCAGACUUGAGCAGCUGCAGUCGGAGCUCCGGGAACUCAACGCCCGAAUCGUGGCCACCGAGAAAGAGGGCGGCAAGACAGAUGCCAGUGCGUCCCCUGAGCCCUGCCUGGGGGAAAGGAUCCUGAACCCGGCGCCGAGGAGGAUUGACCAGCUGAAGAGGCAGCUUCACGUGGAGACAAAGGUGAAGCAGGGAGCCGAGAACCUGAUCCAGAUGUAUUCCGACACGCCAAAGGAACGGAAGCUGCUGGCCACUGCUCAACAGAUGCUCCAGGACAGUAAGACCAAGAUAGAGUUGGUCCGCGUGCAGAUCGCGAAGAUGUCUCAAUCCGUCGGGGGCACAGAAGCAGGAAAUGGAGCCCCGGUCAAUCUUCUGGAACUGCGUCUCGAAGAGCUACGGCACCGCCUGGGCAUCGAGGCCGCGGUGGCUGAAGGGGCCAAAAAUGUGGUAAAGCUGCUUGGAGGACGGCAGCUGCAGGACAGGAAGAUGUUGGCUGAGGCGCAGGUGUGCCUGCAAGAAUCCUCACAGAAGAUUGAUCUGCUGCGGCUCUCGCUCGAAGACCUUCUUGGCCAACUCUCGCCCGGUCACCCAAAACGGGAGCUCAUCAAGCAGGAGAUCGAGAACACUUUCUCUCUGGGAGCUCGGCCUGGAAACGGGCCGCCACUCACCUCUUUGAUCAAGCCUACCGCUCUUACAGGCACGCUGGAGGUUCGAUUGCUGGGCUGUCAGGACCUCUUGGAAAGGGUCCCCGGCCGUUCUCGAGUGGCCAGUGCAACGCCCAUCUACAGCAGCCCUGGCGACCUGAAGUCCUUGACCCGCACGUUGGUGGGUGUCAGCGGCCCCGGGAAACAUUUCCGGAAGGAGGAACUCUGCAGUGAGGUCCUUGCCGUUCUCAAGGUAGACAACAAGGUGUUUGGCCAGACAAUCUGGGGACCCGUCCGUAGCCAAUCCUGGGACCAAACGUUUAUCAUCGAAUUGGAUCGAUCCCGAGAGUUGGAAAUCUCCAUUUAUUGGCACGACUGGAGAGGACUUUGUGCGGUGAAGUUCUUACGCCUGGACGAUUUCCUGGAUAACGAACGCCGCGGCAUGGCCAUUCCCCUCGAACCCCAAGGGAUACUCUUUGCAGAGGUAACUUUCAGCAACCCGGUCCUGGAGCCGCGGUCCAAACUGCAGCGGCAGAAACGCAUUUUCCCCAAACUAAAAGGCAAAGAGUUUCUCCGCGCUUCUCAGAUGAAUAUCAACAUUGCUGCCUGGGGGCGGCUGAUGCUGAGCCUCCUGCCCCCUUGCAAUUCCCUGAACACUCUGAGCCCUCCACUCCGGAUUUCCGUGUGUACAGACAACCCCCCUGCGGCCCGUUCUCAGAGUCGGGUUGAUCCGGGGGCCAGCAGCUAUCCGGCAGCUAAGCUGAGCUUUGACGGAGAAGCCCCUCCCAAGCCGCCGCGCCUCUUUCUUGAACCUUCCCCCCAAAAGCCGGCGCGCUCUCCUGUGGAUUUUGGGAAUCUGAAAAGGCUGCAUGUAGAUGAACAGACCCAUAGUUUGCAAGUGCCGACCCAGGAUGCUGCCAGGAGGAGAAGGGCUGUCCGGUUGGAGGAUUUCUCUUGUAUAGCCAUGCUGGGACGCGGGCACUUUGGAAAGGUGUUGCUAGCUCAGCAUAAGGUGACAGGGAAGUUGUUCGCCAUCAAAGCCCUGAAGAAACAUGAAAUCAUUAGCCGGGAUGAUAUGGACAGCUUGAAUUGCGAGAAGCGCAUCUUCGAAGUGGUCAACUCCUCCAGCCACCCUUUCCUGGUGAACAUGGCCGCUUGCUUUCAGACGACGAGCCACGCGUGUUUUGUGAUGGAUUAUGCCCCGGGCGGCGACCUCAUGAUGCGCAUUUGCGCCGAUAACUUCCCGGAGCACGUGACGCGCUUCUACUCUGCCUGCGUUGUCUUGGGACUCCAGUUCUUACACGAGAAGAUGAUCAUUUACAGGGAUCUGAAGAUGGACAACCUUCUCUUAGAUGCAGAGGGCUUUGUGAAGAUUGGCGAUUUUGGCCUUUGCAAGGAAGGGAUAGGUUUUGGUGACCGGACCAACACCUUCUGUGGCACCCCGGAAUUCCUGGCUCCAGAGGUCUUGACGGAUCCUUCGUACACCCGAGCGGUAGAUUGGUGGGGCCUCGGCGUGCUAAUUUUCGAGAUGCUGGUUGGGGAGGCCCCAUUCCCUGGGGAGAACGAAGAGGAGGUUUUUGACAGCAUCAUCAAUGAAGAUGUCCGUUACCCACGAUUCCUCUCUUCAAACACGACCACCAUAAUGCGUAAGCUUCUCCAAAAAUGUCCAGAGCGUCGCCUUGGAGCAGGUGUGGGGGAUGCGGAAGAAAUUAAAAACCAGCCCUUUUUCCAGGAGGUCGACUGGGCUGCCCUCUUUGCCAGGAGGGUGGCGCCCCCUUUUGUGCCACGCUGGCGAGGAGCCACCGACAUCAGCAACUUCGACAAGGACUUCACCUCCCAGAAGGCCAUCUUGACUCCUGUGGAUUACCUCCCGCCUCUUACUGUAGCCGAUCAGGCCAGGUUCAAGGACUUUGACUUCGUCUCCAAACGCCUCCUAGAGGUCUGA